GGCUGGAAUGUGACAGCUUGGCUCAAUAGCUCCAUUCAAGCCAGCCCAGUGAGUCCCUGGCCCAGCCUCGACCAGCAGGCUGGAGCAACUCUGCUCGAACCUUCCGUACAGCAUGGCGGCUCCCGAGGCCGAGGCACAAGAGACAGCCUUCCGUACAACAGGGCCGCCUACAGACUCGGAGCCGCGCCCCUUCCCUCCCAGCUCCCGGAAGUUUCCUUUUGAAAGCGCGGCGGCAGACUCUAACGAGGACUGGGCAGUUGCUGCGGAGCAUUAUUUGAAAGGGAGCGGAGAGAACGGCGGAUGGGAGCAGCCGGCACCGGGGGUCCAGCCAAGCCACCCGGCUACGAUGGCCAGUGCUAAGACGGUGUGCGAUGCGCAGCCUCACUCGAUGCCGAGCUGCGGCUUGCCCGCAGAUACACAAACUCGAGCUACUUCUAAACUACCUGUUAAAUCCAAAGAAGCGGAUUUGCUUAGACAUCUUCAUCCAGGAGGGCCAGAGCCUGAUGUUACAAAAGUCACCAAAUCGAGACGAGAGAAUGGGCAGGUGAAAGCGGCAGAGACUGCCAGCAGGAGGAACCUCAGAAACAGCUACAAACCGUUUAAUAAGCAAAAACCGGAGGAGGAACUAAAGGAUAAAAAUGAGCUGCUGGAGGCUGUCAACAAGCAGUUACACCAGAAGCUGACAGAGACUCAGGGAGAGCUGAAGGACCUGACACAGAAAGUGGAGCUACUGGAGAAGUUUCAGGAUAACUGCUUAGCACUUUUGGAGAGCAAAGGUCUCAACCCAGGCCAAGAGACCCUGGCAUCAAAGCAGGAACCCACCACAGAUCACACGGACUCCAUGCUGCUGCUCGAAACUUUGAAAGACGAACUGAAGGUUUUCAAUGAAACCGCCAAGAAGCAGAUGGAGGAGCUACAGGGUAUGCUUUGCCUAAGUGUGCACACGUACAGACUGCGACAGUGUCCACGGAGGUUAGAGCUGGGUUACAGGCAGUUGUGAGCUGCCGUGUUAGGCACUGCAAACUGAACCUGGGUCAGCUUUGCAGGAGCAGCCACUGAACUGCUGAGCCACCUCUCUGGUUUAUCCUUCCUUCCUCUUUUCUUUUUCUCUGUCCCAGAGAUCCAGCCCCAGGAUGAUCCUCUUCAUGGAGAUUAUAGACGUGAGCCACCAUGCUUGGCUUGCUUUUUAGUUACUUAUUUUUUUAACAUUUAUUUUUACUUCUGUGUCUCUGUGAAUGUAUGUCACGUAUGCGCAGGUACCCAUGGGAGACAUAAGAUGGCUUCAGACCCCUUAGAGCUAGAGUUAUAGACAUUGGUAAGGUACCUGCCAUGGGUACUAAAAACUGAGCUUUAGUCGUCGGAAGGAGCAAGGGAUAGUCAACUGCAAAGAGAUCUCCAGUUCCCCUGCUUUCCUAUUACAGUUCAGUGUGAAUGUAUGUGGGUGCAUAGUGCGUCCAUGCCCCAGUGCAUGGGGCUCACACUCCGGUUAUUAGGCUUGGUGGCAGGCACCUUUACCCUUGAAGCGAUUUCACCUGCCCCCAUCCCCCCCAUCCUUGCUUGGAUCAUGUUUGGCUUUGUGUGUGUGUGUGUGUGUGUGUGUGUGUGUGUGUGUGUGUGUGUGUGUGUGAGAGAGAGAGACUGCCCCUGCCUCCGAGAACUGCAGAGCUGAGAGCCAACCCACUCCCUACCGUGGUUGCAGCUCUGGGAAUACAAACCCCCAAGUCAGUUGUACCUCCUGAGGGCUGGGCUUCUGGAGAGUUGCCAGGAGUGGCCCUCACCCUGUUAUGGCUUUGCUCCUUGGGGGGAAAGGGACGGCUCCUACAGUCCUGAGUUGGGGACAAAGAUGGAGAAGGGGGGGACAUCAAAUGGCCAGGGCUCCCUGCCCCGGUAGGGCUGACUCAGGUCAGCAGCCACGGAGCAACAAGGAUCAACUCUCUAGGGAUAUAACAAAUAACACACUCCUAAAUCAGACUAGGUCAAGGCUCAACUCCCUCCUUCCAUUCUGGAGGAGUCCAAGACAGAGACUACACUCCAGUCUGGGCUCCCUGCAAGCAGCCCAUCAGAGCUCGCCACGAUUGACGUCCCAAUCGAUGGACCCAUUCACAUAGCUGGGCAAAAAGGAUGGAAGGCAAGGGUCUGCCUAGGGUUGAGGUCAGGGUGGGAACAGGGCCGGGGCGCCCAGCAGGGACAACAACAGCUGGUACGACUUGGGGUAAGGUGGGUAAGUCCCACAUGUGCCAUAGAAGGCAGCCCAUAGCACCAGGCCCAGUAUACUUGUUUGUUUUUAAUGAACUAUUUUGAAAUAAUUUUAGAUUUAUAGAAGAGUUACAUAUCUAAUAUAGAAAAUUCAGUUUCCCUAGGAUAAUACCUCAUGCUGUCCUCACUGGCAUGCCAUUGGUAACUAAAGUCCCAGACUUAGUACUGAAUCCAUUUUUUUUUUUAAGAUGCUUUUCUUCCACAAAUUCUUUCUGUGUUCCCGAGGACCCUAGAAAGGUUCCUGGGGAUAAAACCAUUGCAAGGCCCAGGGGAGCAAAGUCUCCACACCUCCCAUGGGCCACACCGCAGUAUGCUCAGAGAGCUGAGACUGAAAUCCAUGCUAAAAAGCUCUUCUCAGGAGACCUGGGUGAACUGUCCAGAUUGUAGGGCUAGAGGGUUGAGAGUGCUUGCUGCUCCUGCAAAGGUCCCAAGUUCUACACUCUGCAGCUCAUGCCUUCAUAACUCCAGCUCUAGGGAUCUGAUGCCCUUUUGUUUCUCUCCUCUCCAUGGAUAUCCAAGGGUAUACACACACACACACACGCACACACACACACACACACACACACACACACACACACACACACACAAUUACCAAGAAAAGAAAAUGUAAGAGCCAGGCACGGUAGCACACACCUUCUAUUACAGAGGCAGCAGGGGUCUUCGUACGUUUGAAGCCUGGUCCACAUGGUGAGAUUCUUGGACGCCUUCCGAUUGCCAGACAAAUGGUGGGGCAGGAGACACAAACGGUUUCAUUGUUCCAGUUUAAAUACAGAGUAGGGAAAUUCCCCGAGCCAGCACAGAUAAAUUUUAAGGUGGGAAAUAAGAUGCUGUCUGGUACUGGGGUCGCCCCCCUCUAUGUAGCACGGGUAUAACGGUCUGGUCCGGGUGCUGUCUUUGUUGUAAGAGUUGUGUUAUGGGUUUCCCUCUGGGAUGAUUUCCCUUUCAGGCCUUGAAGGUGAAGUUGAAGCUGAAAGAAGAGGAGAGUGUCCAGUUCCUGGAACAGCAGACCUUAUGUAAGGACGAAGCCAGUGACUUCACAAUAAUCCUAGAGGAAAUGGAGCAGCUCUUAGAAAUGUAGCUCAAGGCAGGUGGCCGGACGGCUUCUUCCUGGAUAAACCCUCGGCAGAGGCUACUUAGGAUAUCUUCAAGGACUCACCAUCCCUUAGGUAAAGACCUUCUGCAGCAGUUGAUCCGAUAAGGCCAGUUGAUGCUGGGGUUCCUCCUUUAAGCAGAUUGCCCCACCUUCAGAUGGCUCAGCUCUCCUGCAAGAGAGGAACCUGGGAGUUUGACUCCAUUUCCUGUGCAGCAGAGAGAGCAGCAGCCCUUAGAACUAGGAUACUAAACCAGCUGCCUUGGAGACUCUAGAGACUCGGAAACAUGGGAAGAAGGCCCACACCACAACAGCACGAGUGCUGUGCGAGAGAUGUGACUGUGAGCCAUGCUGUCCCCUUGUCUCUCUGGUUGAGUUAAGUUUUAUGAACUUGAAAUUCUUGAAGUUUUUUUGGCUUAAUAAAUGGGGGUGGAGGUAUACAAAGUAGCACCUACCUAAAACUACAACUAGAGCUUUGGAAAUAAAUGUUUCUAUGAAUAUUAA